AGACGAAAGAAAAAAAAAAACAAAAAAAAACCCGCGUUUGACGUUGAAAAAUCAAAUCCCAUCAGUUAUCCACCAUUACAAACCUUGCUCCCUUUUGGUUCUGAAUCUGUAAAAUCCAAGGAAGAAGAAGAAAAAAAAAACCCCAAACCCCAAUUGACCCAUUUGAUCAGAUCGCGAACAAAGACCAAAACUUGGUGAUCCAUGGCUGACAUAGUGAAGCAAACCUUGGCAAGGCCGAUCCUGCUGGCAGACCAAGUGGCAAAGGCCACCGACGAGGCAAGCUUGUUCAAGCAAGAAUGCGUGGAGCUUAAGUCCAAGACGGAGAAGCUAGCAGGGCUUCUCCGGCAGGCGGCGAGGUCCAGCUCCGACCUCUACGAGCGGCCAACGCGGCGGAUCAUCGACGAAACGGAGCAGGUCCUUGACAAAGCACUCUCCUUGGUCCUCAAGUGCAACGCUAACGGCCUCAUGAAGCGCGUGUUCACCAUCAUCCCCGCCGGCGCGUUCCGCAAGAUGUCAUCCCAACUCGAAAAUUCCAUCGGCGAUGUCUCCUGGCUCCUCCGCGUCUCCGCCCCCGCCAACGAUCGCGGCGACGAGUACCUCGGCUUACCCCCCAUCGCCGCCAACGAGCCAAUCCUCUGCCUCAUAUGGGAACAGAUCGCUAUACUCUACACCGGUUCGCCGGAGGACAGGUCCGACGCGGCGGCUUCCCUGGUCUCGCUGGCACGCGGCAGCGACCGUUACGGGAAGUUGAUCAUCGAGGAAGGUGGGGUUGGUCCGUUGUUGAAGUUGAUGAAGGAGGGUAAGAUGGAGGGUCAAGAGAAUGCAGCACGUGCCAUUGGUCUCCUCGGGCGUGACCCCGAGAGCGUUGAGCACAUGAUCCACGUGGGUGUUUCUUCGGUGUUUGCGAAAAUCCUCAAAGAAGGUCCCAUGAAAGUGCAAGCUGUUGUGGCCUGGUCUGUCUCUGAGCUUGCUGCUAAUUACCCCAAGUGUCAGGACCUUUUUGCUCAGCACAAUAUUAUAAGGUUGCUUGUUGGCCACCUUGCUUUUGAAACCGUUGAAGAGCAUAGUAAGUAUGACAUUGUUAGCAUGAAACCCACAUCAAUCCAUGCGGUUGUGAUGGCUAGUAGUAAUACUAGUAAUACUAGUAAUUUGAAGAAGGAAAAUGAAGAUUAUGACAAGCAGGUCCAGAGUUUGAGUCGGAUAGCACAUCCCUUGGGUGAAAGAUCUAAAAAUCUGCAUAGAGUGAUCACAAGUACCAUGGCAAUGCAUGCUGCCUCCAAGCAGCUGCCAGAGUCUAAUCAGGGAAACGAAGCAAAUCGAAAUUCCCAGGUUAGUCAUCACAAGAUCAAUGGACUUGUUAAUGAUGGUAAGCAAGGCCAUCAGCGUAACUAUUCUCAUUCGGGAAGUAACAUGAAGGGAAGGGAGCAUGAGGACCCUGAGACUAAGACCAGCAUGAAGGAAAUGGCAGCUAGAGCCCUCUGGCACCUUGCUAAGGAUAACUCCCUCAUUUGUCGUAGCAUCACAGAAUCAAGGGCCCUGUUGUGCUUUGCAGUUCUCCUUGAGAGAGGACCAGAAGCUGUACAGUACAAUUGUGCCAUGGCAGUGAUGGAGAUUACAUCAGCUGCAGAGAAAGAUGCUGAAUUGAGGAAAUAUGCAUUCAAGCCUAACUCUCCUGCUUGCAAAGCUGUCGUUGAUCAAGUGCUUAGGAUUAUUGAGAAAGCAGAUUCCGAUCUCCUAAUUCCUUGCAUCAGGACGAUUGGGAAUUUGGCAAGGACAUUUCGGGCUACAGAGACAAGGAUGAUUGGUCCCUUGGUGAGACUUCUUGACGAAAGAGAGGCAGAGGUAUCCAGGGAGGCAUCAAUUGCCCUUACGAAAUUUGCCUGCACUGAAAACUACCUUCACCUUGAUCAUUCUAAGGCAAUUAUUAGCGAAGGCGGGGCAAAACACUUGGUUCAGCUUGUUUAUUUUGGAGAACAGAUGGUUCAGAUUCCAGCAUUACUUCUGCUCUCCUACAUCGCAUUGCAUGUGCCAGACAGUGAAGAACUUGCUCGAGCUGAGGUGCUCGGAGUGCUUGAAUGGGCGUCCAAGCAAUCUUCCAUGACACAGGAUGAAACCCUCGAGGAAUUGUUGCAAGAAUCCAAGAGUAGGUUGGAGCUUUAUCAGUCUAGAGGUUCUAGAGGAUUUCAUAAACUACAUCAAUAGGAAGAAAAUAAUACAUUGUCAUCAUUGUUAAUUUGUAAAGGUUUUUCAGUCCUCUGCAUCUGUUCAAUAAUUCUCCCAGUAUGUAUACAAUCUAUUCAUUUCAAAUGUCAAGA